AGUGAUAGAAAGAAUAUGACAAAUUUUUUCACGCCUAAAAGAAUAGAAAAAAGGGAAAUGGGUUCACGGGUCUGUUUCUAUUCAAAUUAUUAAAUAAGUAAUUAUUUUUAUUUUGCAACCCACAUCCUGCCAACAAAUUCAUAAUUGACACCACAUGCCUUCAAGAAUUUCCUCCACCACCACUCUCACUCCCAACAAUCGUCUCUCUCUCUUAAACAAAUAUUUUAUCCUACUUACUACAUACACAGAACAUUUGUAGUAAUAGUAAAAAGGGGUUUAAUCUUGGACCAAAUCAUGUUUUGGUUUUGGGGAUGUUGUAAUGUUGAGAAAAUGUUGCUGUUGGUUUUGAUAAUGUCAUUAUGUAAUGUGGUUUGGUCCGUUUGGACAACUGACGGAGUGAAUUUUAAUACGGGUACCAGCGCAGUGGCUGCAAAACAGAAAGUGGGAGAUUUCUCCAAAGUGGAGGAUGCCUCUAAUUUUCAUAUUUACUAUGGCCAAACCUUCAAAGUCAUCAAAAAUGUCGUAGACGGCAAGAGCUACCUUCUCAUUCAGAGUAAUUCGAGGAUGGCAUCGAGAACAAAGUACUGCACUCCAAGGAUCAAAUCUUUCGUCAUCCCAUUAUCCAAUUAUUCAGUUGACCCCAGUGCUUUUCCAGAAAAUUUUGAAAUGCAGUUACUUGGUGUAGUGGACAGGCUUAAGGGAAUUACUAGCGAGGUGGUUGCAUCAGAAUGCAUAAGAAAAUAUUACGAAAGUGGAGGGAUUCAAAUGAUAAACGCAAGUGAUGGUGAUACCCAACAACUUGCACAAUUCGGAGCCCAUUUCAUUGCUGACACUGAUCAAUCCCAAGCCUGUAAUUUUGCUGCUUGUGUUCCUUCCGGAGAGGACACCCCUUUGCAGAGGGCGGAGUGGAUCAAGUUCUUGGGAAGUUUUGUAAACGUUGAGGAAAGAGCCAAUCAUGUGUACUCCAUCAUUAAACAAAAUUACUUAUGCUUGACUAAUGUAUCUUCAAGCAGGAAAUCGUCGUUCAAACCAAUUGUAGCAUGGAUGGAAUAUAACAAUGGACUGUGGUCAUUCGCUAAAGAAACAUUCAAGUUAAAGUAUGUAGAAGACGCAGGAGGGGAGAAUGUUGAUGACUCUAUCAACAAGAUCAGCUAUAAUAUUUCCAAUUCCGAUGAUUUGGAACAACUACAUGCCAUCUUAUGUACGGUGGAUGUGGUUAUUGAUGAAACAAUAGCUUCGGAUCCAAUUUCCUACAAAUUGUCAACCUUUCUCCAAAACACAAAUGUUGAAGAUCAUUCUUGUUUCGCUUUCCUCACCGGCAAAAGCUUAUGGAGAUAUGAUAAAAGAAUUGUUAACUCAAACAUUCUUGAUUGGUACAAUGGAGCCAUCUCUCAGCCACAAUUGGUGUUAGGAGAUCUGAUUGAGGCAUUAUUUCCUACUGGAAAUUACACCACAACAUAUUUUAGAAAUAUUGCAAAGGAUGAAGCUGUGGUGACCAUUGGUCCGGACAAGUGUGAUAGGAAUAUUUCCACCGCUAUGGAGCCUACAAUACCACCAUGUAUACCAUAAACAUAGGCUUCCUCAUCAUAUUCUAAGACAAUAAUACUAAAACUAUAUAUACGUUAAUAUAUUAUUACUUCAACUCUAGCAUAUAAAAUAAUUUAAUAUCAUUUAAUUGAAGUUGAUAGCAUUAUUAGUUUGUUCUUA